GCUCUGGGCUCUGAAUAGCUGGGGCGCGGGUUGGUGUUCUGGGCUGCACAUGAGGGGAGGGGGUCUGCUUGGUGGAUGAGCAGGAGGACUCUGGAUAGCUGGUGGGGGUGGGCUCAGGGGGGCAGGUUCCUUUCUGGAGCUGCUGUGCCUACAGCUCCAUAGCCGCAUCUGACACUUUCCAGAGCUGGUGGAGUUGGAGAGUGAAGUGAGAGAGACCAGCAUUGGCCCAGAGGUCAGCACUGCAAACCAGCCAGGAACCUACAUACAUUUGAGAAAAGAGAUUUGCAGGAGGUUUGCUGAGGUUCUGUUUGAUUCUGGAAAGAGACCAGAAUACGAUGACUACUUUAGAUGAUAAACUGCUUGGUGAGAAGCUCCAGUACUACUACAGCAGCAGUGACGAUGAAGACAGUGAGAAAGAAGAUAAAGUCGGAGAGAGCACCAUUCCUGAGGUGGUCGAUGGGGAGGUGGAGCUGAGCAGCGAUGGCACUGCAGUUAACACAGGUCCAAAGGGUGUCAUAAAUGAUUGGCGAAGAUUCAAACAACUGGAGACGGAGCAGCGAGAGGAGCAGUGUAGAGAGAUGGAACGACUUAUAAAAAAGUUAUCCAUGACCUGCAGAGCUCACUUGGAUGAAGAGGAGGAUAAACAGAAGCAGAAAGAACUUCAGGAAAAAAUCAGUGGAAAGAUGACUUUACAAGAAUAUAAUAUGAUUCAUGAUGGCGAAGAUGAUGAAGAGUUUUUACAGCAAUACAGGAAGCAGCGAAUGGAGGAGAUGAGGCAGCAGCUGCAUAGUGGGCAGCAGUUUAAGCAGGUUUUUGAGAUCAUCAGUGGGGAAGGGUUUUUGGACACAGUUGAUAAAGAACACAAGAACACGUUGAUCAUGAUCCACAUCUAUGAAGAUGACAUCCCUGGCGCUGAAUCUGUGAAUGGCUGCAUGAUCUGUCUUGCUGCUGAGUACCCAACAGUCAAAUUUUGUCGAGUUAAGAGUUCCCUGAUUGGUGCCAGCACUCGCUUUACUAAUAAUGCUCUACCUGCUUUGCUCAUCUACAAGGGAGGAGAGUUAAUUGGCAACUUUGUCCGAAUCACCGACCAGCUUGGAGAAGAUUUUUUUGCCGUGGACCUGGAGGCUUUUUUACAGGAGUGUGGUCUGCUCCCAGAGAAGGAUCUGCUGAUGAUGACUUCCAUAUGUAACCCAUCUGCAUGUUAUAGUGAAGACAGUGAUUUGGAGAUAGACUGAAAAAGUGAACGAAGGGUUCAGUAAGCUGGGGUUGCCCCGUGGUGUCCUUUGUUGUUGUAGAUUGUUCAUUUGUUCUUUUCUGUAUUUUUUUGGUAUAUUUUUCCCCUCCCUCCCAUGCACUUUGGCUUUUAGCCCAUUAGUACUUUUAAGAGUCUUUAUUAUAUGUAAUGUAAAGAAUUCUUAACAUUUUGUUAAAUUACUUCAAUAAAAUGUAAACUAAAACUGUC